CUAUUACCUGCAGAAGGUUUCGAACCGCGAAGUGUCAAAGUGCAAAUUGGCGUAGAAACAUUGCAAACUCGAUCAUUUACUCGUGAUCGUUAACCGUUCUCAUGGAAUUUGGAGCGUUCAACUUUCUCCUUCAACUACUAGGUGUUCUACUAGCGAUAGCCGUUGCUGCCUACAUUUAUCUGAAAAAUGUGACCUACAACUACUGGAAGCACAAAGGAAUCCCACAGGCGGAGCCUAUCGUUCCUUUUGGUAGCCUGUGGGACGUUGUCAAGUCGAGGAAAUCAAUAGCUGUACUUAUGCGUGAUCUGUACCUGGAAUUCAAGGACAAUGCCGUGUUUGGCUUCUACUCGUUCCACCGACCGUCCCUAGUGAUCCGUGAUCCUGAUCUGAUACGUUUUGUACUGACGAAGGAUUUCUCGCACUUUCAAAACCGUGGAUUGUACUACAACGAAGAAGUUGAUCCACUUUCGGGUCACCUGUUCAUGUUAGAUGGCGCCAAGUGGAAGAAUCUAAGGAUCAAGUUCAGCCCGACGUUCACGUCAGGUAAAAUGAAGCACAUGUUCACGACGGUGAAAGAGUGCUCGGACAGCCUUGUUCAGUGCGUCACUGAUGAAGUCGAGAAGAACGAAGUCAUCGAGAUAAAGGAUAUAAUGGCAAGGUUUACAACUGACGUCAUAGCGUCCGUCGCUUUCGGGAUCGAGUGCAACAGCCUGAAGAAUCCAGAGGCUGAAUUUCGUACUUUGGGACGAAAAAUCGUAAAGCCUCGGCCAGUAAUGAAUGCGAUGUUGGUGUUGUGUCCAUCCCUCUUGAAAAUGUUCAACAUAGCCGCGACUAACAAGGAAGUUUCUAACUUCAUAAUCAAAGUCUUCAAGGAAACUGUGGACUACAGAACGAGCAACAAUUUGGUUAGAAAAGACUUUUUGGAUCUGGUUAUACAGCUGAUGAACAAGGGCUUCGUGCGCGGUGACGACGACAAAGAACCAUUGGACAAACCAGAAAUUGCCAGCGGUAAGAUCACGAUGCUCGAAGGAGCAGCGCAAGUCUUUGUGUUCUGGUUAGCGGGCUUUGAGACGUCGUCUUCGGCGGCAACUCACUGCCUCUACGAGUUGGCGAUUAAUCAGGAUAUUCAGAAGAGAUUGGCCGAUGAAAUUAGCCAAAUUUUGGAGAAAUUCGGAGGCAUAACUUACGAGAGCCUUGCGGCCAUGCCGUAUCUUCACAAAGUAGUAUCCGAGACGCUGAGAAAGUAUCCGUCGGUACCAAUUCUGAACAGAGACUGCAACCAGGAUGUUCAACUGCCGGGCAUUAACCUGAGCAUCACUAAAGGCACCGCGAUCGUCAUACCACUUUUGGGACUUCACAUGGACCCUGAGGUGUAUCCAGAACCUGAUAAAUUUGAUCCGGAACGAUUUAAUGACGAUAAUAUCGCCAGGAGACAUCGUUACGCUUAUCUACCCUUUGGCGAAGGGCCCAGAAUCUGCAUAGGUGAGCUCUCGUUGGUGAUUGUGGAGCACAGUCAAGUCGUCCGAGGUGUUAAUCCGUUUUUGUGUUUGUUACAGGAAUGCGGUUUGGUCUGAUGCAAAUGAAAAUUGGCCUCGUCAGUUUGUUGUCAAAAUAUCACUUCGCCCUCGGUCCAAAUACCAAAGUACCGCUAGAAAUGGGAACUGGCAAUUUUCUGCUAGUCCCAAAAGGCGGAAUAGAGCUUCGUGUCACGCGAAGGAAAUAGACCUUAGUCAUUUGGUGUUCAA